CCGUAGAGAUGAAAAAUGUUAGUCGGAGAACCUGAUGUGUUGGGCGAACUGAGCGAUAAUAUUAAAAUAGGAUGGGAGUUGAUGUUGAUUUUAGUUGUACAUAGAGUUUCCGAAAAUCGCAGAGUUGUAAUAAUGGCAGCGACCCGAAGGUUGCAGAAGGAACUUGCUGAUAUCCGUACCUCGGGGAUGAAAUCAUUCCGAGAUAUUCAGGUAGACGAGUCAAACAUUUUGACAUGGCAAGGUCUUAUUGUUCCAGAUAACCCACCUUAUAAUAAAGGUGCCUUUCGGAUUGAGAUAAACUUCCCUGCCGAGUACCCAUUUAAACCGCCAAAGAUAAACUUUAAAACUAAAAUUUACCAUCCCAACAUUGAUGAAAAGGGACAAGUUUGUUUACCAAUAAUCAGUGCAGAGAAUUGGAAGCCAGCAACCAAGACAGACCAAGUCAUACAAGCCUUAGUGGCACUAGUCAAUGAUCCUGAACCAGAACAUCCAUUGCGGGCUGAUCUAGCAGAAGAAUAUCUUAAAGACAGGAAGAAGUUUGUUAAAAAUGCUGAGGAGUUCACAAAGAAGCAUAGUGAAAAACGGCCUUCUGACUAAAGGUCUCAAGUAGCACUGUGAAUUGAAGACAUACAAUGUUUCUCAUGAAUUUAUUCUGCCUGGGUCAAAGGUAAAGACCUGCCGAUCACUUUCACCACAGCAUUUUGAAUACUGAGGAGAAUGUUUUAGAAUACCAGCAGGUGCAAACUAAUGAAUGGACUCUGUGAACUUGGAAAUUUGGAAUGAAUCAGCUCCUUAUUGUUUGUGGGAGUCAUAUUGUCUCAGGAGGUUUGAUGUGCCCUGUGAACUAAUUUUAAUCCCAAAUAAAUUCCCAAUAUGUGCAUUUAUAUGAUAGAACUUCUGGCAUCUGCUGUGUGGGUUGGGUAAUAUGAUGGAGCACUGUAGUUUUGUUGUGUGGUAGCAUUAACAGUCACAAGCACGGGAGUUUAUUUAUGUAGAACUGAAAUUAUUAAUUAUUUGUUGCACAAAUCUUUGUUAAACAUUGUCACAAAUUCUGCACUGUCGAAGUGGAAUGUUGUGUGCUGAACAAGUCACAGUCAAAAUAACAGCCUGUUUAUGGAUGUUGUUUCUCAUUCAUUAUCUUUAGUUAAGUGAUUGUGUGAACAUAAUUUUUUUCAUUUUGCAAAGAGUUCUUUGUCGUGCUGUUGAUGAAAAGUUGCUGGUAUAUUUAAUUGUAUUAAUUUGUAUUUUUCUUGGUGCAUAAUUCUCCUGGACCUGAAUAAAUUAAUUUUUAACA